AUGGCCGCCGCCGAGUCUCCCCUGGAAGCACCGGAGAGGGGUCUCCUGGAAGGUCAGGCAGAUGCCACCUACGGCUCGACCCCGACGCCUGAGGCUCCGGGAGACCAGUCCGGUGACGCCACCGGACCACGGCUCUCCCCAGAGGAGGUUCUCAACGAAGUGAUGCGCAACGCCGACGAAUAUGCGAAGAUCCUCUUGAAUGCAUUCCUGAAGGGCGUAGCUCCCCUUCUUGCAGAAGCCCUGGGUACCUUUGCUCUUGUCUUCACGGUGGGAUGUGUCGUCACUUCUCCCACCCCAUCUCCCUGGUCUGCGACGUCCAUCUCCUCGGUCCUGAUGGUGAUGGUCUAUGCCACAGGUCCGAUUUCGGGUGGGCAUCUUAACCCAGCAGUGACAUUUGCAAUGGCCCUGGUCGGGAAGAAGUCCUUCGGCGGAGUGAUGAUCUACUGGCUCUUCCAGUUCAUGGGGGCUUUCAUGGCUGCUGCCGUCUACAAGAUCGUCUGCGCACCUCACCUGGCGGUGGUGGCACCUGUGCCACCCUUCAGUGCUGGCUACGCGGCCGGUGGGGAGAUGCUUUACACGGCAAUGCUGGUCUUCGUUGUGCUUUGCUGUGCGGUGGCCAAGAAGAACACACCAAAUCAGUUCUACGGCCUCGCCAUCGGCUUUGUCGUCCUGGCCGGUGGCCAUGCCAUCGGGCGCAUCUCGGGCGCUGCGCUGAACCCGGCGGUCUCCGUGGCUCUGGGCCUUGGCAGCGGCAAGGACCCGCAUUGGGCCCUGGUUUGGUUUGCGGCCGAGCUCUUUGGCGCCGCUUUGGCAGCUGGAGUCUACCGUAUACUUCGGCCGGAGGAGUUCGGAAAGCCGGAAGCCGGUAAUGGACCAGACCUGAAGACGCGCUGCCUGGCUGAAGCAUUCGGGACCUUCAUGUUGGUGGUGACGGUUGGCCUGAACAUCGUGAGUGGCUCCCGUGCCACGGCAUACUCGGCCGCGGCUGCCCUUAUGUGCAUGAUCUACUCCCUCGGAAGUGUGUCUGGCGCCCACUUCAAUCCAGCGGUCACUCUCGCAGUGCUGGCGGGUGGCCGUGAGAGAAUUUCGCGACGGGACGCAGGAGCUUACAUCGUGGCUCAAGUUGUUGGUGGGCUGCUUGCAGGAUUGGUUUACGCCGCUUACCACCUUGGCUCAGCAGUUGCUGACAAGUCUAUCAAAUUGGUUCCGGGAAGGGAUUUCGAUCUGGCACAGGCAUCCAUUGCGGAACUGAUCACCACCAUGUUUCUCGGUUAUGUUGUCCUUUGCGUCGCGACUGUGAGGGAGCCCUACACCAAAGACCUCUUCGGGCUCGUCGUUGCCGCAGCCGUCACAGGUGGCAGCUUUGCCGUCGGUGCCGUCUCCGGCGGUGAGCUGAAUCCGUCCGUGACCCUGGGCCUCAUGAUCGGAAAUGUGGUGAACCCUGGAAAGGGGGGCAUCGGUCCUGUUGGAAGCUGGCUGGCCUUGAUCUUUUCUGAGCUUGCAGGUGGGCUCAUGGCAGCUGGUCUCUUCCGACUUACGCACCGCAAGGAGUUCCUCGAAGAAGCAGGAGGCGAUGGCAAGGAUCAUGCCACGAAAGGCUUGGAAAAGGACGACACCGAGGAGACCAAGGAUGUGGAAGACUUGGUGCGCAUGGAUUGGCAGAAAGACUACCAGGCGCAGACGCUGAAACUCGCGAUUUCCGGCGCACAGGUCGACUGCCAGCUUCCCGGGCGCACCGACGGUGAGGCCGCCCACCGGGGCGAUGCUACGCUGGGGAGGCAACUGGAGGAGUGCCCUGCUGUGGUUGUGGCCAACCGAGGAGAGGGUGACAAGGCCUUCUUAGUCCUGGAGCUGAAGCGCAGUAACUCAUCUUCUGGAGACUAUCUUCUCCCCUUUGUGAAGGUCGCGAUGGAUUCCAUCGAUUUGACAAUUGACGAUGCCUGGCUCGAUCCCCUGCAGUCCUGGGCGGAUCAACUUCGCAGCGGCGCAUCCCUUCGCCGAGGUUUUCGCUUUGCCGACAUUUCAAGCGUGGCGGGACAGUCGGUGCUGGAAGGUUACCAGCCGCCUCCGCUUCCGGCGGUCAUCCAAGUGGACAACUUCUUCAUUUCCAAGGUCGAUCUCACUGUAUGGUGCGCGCUGAAGCUACGCACGGUGCGGUUCCUGCCGCAGUGGAUUCGCACGGCCAUCCGCAUGCUUUCUUUCUCGGGUCAGCUGACCCUCGACGGAGUCGACCUGAAGCUUCCGGAGCGCAACAUCCCGCCGCACCGUGGCUCUCUGCACGACUUCCUUCGUGGCCUUGGCGCGAUGUACGCAAUGAAUCUCCUCAGCCACAUGGGCGAACUGCUGGGCAAGAGCUCCGUACUGAAUCUUCCACGGGUUCCCCUUCGUAUUCUCAUGACGAGUGGCAGCUACGUGACGGAUUCCUUCUCUCAGAUGACUGGCGAGGCGGCCUCCCUCCUGAGCACACUGACUUUGGACGAGGAGUACAUCGCACGCCAGAGACAGAUCCGGAAUGCCAAGCAGAUCGAGAGCAUUCAGGAUGGUCUUGCCGAAGCCGGGAAAUCCCUGCAGCAGGGAAUCGACGGCCUUGCAGACAUCGUGCGCGAGCCAAUGAGGGGUGCUGAGCAAGAUGGCGUUGCAGGCUUCUUCACAGGCCUGGGACGUGGUUUGGUAGGCUCCUGCGUGAAACCGGUCUCCAACGUGGGCCUCGCGAUCCGUGACGUGGGUUCAGGCAUUGCCAACACCAUAAACCCGGACUCCAACGCCACGAAGCGGCGGCGCCGCCGCUUUCGGGCGAGGCAGCCCCGGUUGCUCUUCGGAAAGCUGGGCGUGGUGCGUCCCUGGUGUGAGCUUGAGGCGCAACUCAACAAGCAAAUCGGAGAGCUUCUCGUGUACGGCAUCGAGGAGGUAAUACCUCUCACGGCUGGUCCGAAGAAGCAGCUGCUGCUUUGCCUCUAUCCGGAGCGGAUGAUGAUCGUCGAGCUCAGGUUUGGCGAUCCGCGUGGCGGCCAUGAGGCUACGAAUUGGCAGUGUGGACUAACAGCUGACUGA